AGGGGUUGGGUGUGGUGGGACCCGUGGCUGCGGCGAGAGGAAGGUGUUGAAGAACGGGCCGGGAAGGAAGCUGGGCUGCGAGGCGCGGUGACGUGAGGGUGGAACCGAAAUGGGGUGUUUGGAACUAUCCUUGGCCGCUGCUCCCAGGCUGACCUUGAUCCGACCUGCAGCGGGGAAGGGGAGGAGGCGCCAGCUGCAGGCCCGGCGCGACUCAGGGUGACGACAUGGGUGCGAAGUGAAGUGAGACGUCGGUGGCCUGGCCCCGCAGUGUGAGAUGACGUGCGCUGGGGUGCGCAGGGCCGCGCUCCGCAGUGUGUAUCCGCUGGGUAGAAUGGCGCAUUUCCUCCCGAGGCGGCCCUUCCCCUGCUUGGGAAGUGCUGGGGGCUCAGUACGCCAGGAUUGAACUGACUCCGCUGAAUCCUGCUGGUCCAUCCUUCCGGGAAAGCCCCUCAAUUACUCAUUUCUCUCGGUUCCCUGGGCCAGGGUUUCAACCCCUUGCACCCGGCUUCUUGGAGCUAUCCAGUGGCGCUCCCUCUUUGAGAGCUGCUUUCCAACACCAACUAGACUUUCUUGCAAAACUUGGUAUUUCAAUUAGUCUGCAAAGAUUUCUGGAGUACUAAGUAUUGUGGAAGUAGCUUUCUUAGUGUGAGGAAAGCAAGAUUUGACUCCCAAGAUUUACCUACUUAGAAAGACAAAGAUACAAAUAACUGUAGUAUAAGAUAGUAUACACCAGGUGAUUGAAUCAGAAAUCUGAGCGUUCAAAGACGGUAAUGACCCUGAGUCUUUGUUUUGUGAUGUGGAUCAAUUUGGUUAUGGACUGGAAAAGAGUUUAUAGGCUUGGCUGGAAACAUCCACAGCUUAUUUUAAUGAUACUGGCAGGCGUCUUAAGAUUAAUGCCACCCUUUUGGUUCUGUGAGCCACACUGGAUGCUGUGUCCUCUAUGUACCCCCAGGACUCAAAAGAGCUCUUAAGAGGAGAGGUCUGGUAGCAGAACGUGAACAGUGAAACCUCAGGUAAGAAGGUAGAAGAUUAGUUUUGCUCCCUGUCUUAGGUCUCUUUGGGUUGCAAACUGCAGAAACCCCGCUCAAACUAGUAGAAGGGGGAUUCAUUUUGAGGAUGCUUGGUUAGGUCACGGAACCCAAGGAAAAAGACUGCGGUGUGCUUGUAAACUGCAGCUGGGGACAGAACAAAAAAAUUCAGGACCCUCUCUUAACCCCUUGCCUUUACUUCUGUUUGUACUUCUGUUUUAUAUUUCCCUGUCACUGCUGACUGGCUUUUUCUGCUCUCAGAUGGCAUGACAAAAUGUGACUGUCAAGGGGUCCCAGGUUUUCAUGCCCUCAAGGGGAGCCUCAUGAGAGGCUGACCUCUUUUUCUUGGUUCCACUUCCAAAAUGCCAGGGGAAGGACUAAUUGGUUCAGAUGCCAGUCAGCUUUGGCCAGGAAAUAGAGACCGUUUUUAGUAAUGUAUGGAUGUGAAUAAAGAUAUGGCCUUGAAAAGUGUGAAGUAUUGGCAGAGCUCCAGAGACAGAACAGUAGAUGCUUCUUGUUGCCUGUCAUUCACCUUGAAAUACAACUACUAAGAAAAUCACUCUGUAAAGAGUGGUAGGCCUGUCCUGGCCAUAGUUCAUGUCUCUGAGAACUGCUCUUCAUUGUGCUCCUUGGCAAUGGCUGAGUGGGUAAGAGGUGGAAACGUGAUCUAAGGUCAUUAGCCUCUCAAUGGCUAACAACCACAAAGGUCUUGAGAAUUCUAAGUAGGAGACACAGAGACCAUGGCCACUUAAUUGUGAGUGUUAGAGCAAUAAACUCAGGAGGGCUGGGAGUUAAAGACCUUAUUGAACCUUGUCUGUACAGAGGAGAAUGUUCCGAGAACAUUCCUCUGAGAACUCAGAACAUUCUCUUGGGGGAUGGAGAGGUGCAUGACCCAUGUAGCCCUUGGUGGCUUGGUUCCAGCACCAUUCUCAUUUGUGGUCACCUCCAGGCACAUGUCAGAUGGCCUGCGUACACAGAAAUUAUCAAUGUAAUCUUGCUGUUGGCCAUUCUAAAUGUCCAAGAUGGUAUAUCCAGGUUCUCUAUCAAGAUACGUUGCUCUAUCUUGAUCUCAAGAGCAAGAGAUAAAGAUGUAUGGCACCAUCAUUAUCCUUCAGUAUCCAGCAGGAUACACAAAUCUAUUCAUGAAAAAAAAAAAUCUGAUUGGUAGUGGAUCACCAUCAUAAUUGGAGUCCAGAAGAUAGUGCCAAAUGUGACUCAUCCUACUGGUUUGUAUGGAUUAUAUUACAUAGAGUCAGCCUUGGAUGAGUACUAUUGGGUCCCUUUACCCUCUUUCUUUUUCUAGUCUUUUGCCCUCCCUACUGGAUACCGACUACAUUUUUAACAGUCUUUGUAAUAAAACCCUGAGAGAAUGUUAUUCUGGCAUUCCCUGUGGACAGGGAAGUUUGGGGAGAUCGUUGUUCCCGGCUGUACUCCUGGAAGGAUUUUUCAGAUCCUCUGAAUAAAGCUUCUGUUAGGUAAAUGAAUCUUUUUCUUGAGAAUAGUAUUCCCUCUCCUGUCUUCCAGUUGCUGUUAUGUCACAGAUUGUCUCCAUAUCAGGCCCAAAGAUCAGAAGGUCUAGAGAGAAGAGGACAGAGAUUCUUCCUCCUGUUUCGGACAUAUAGUUACACUGUGCGGUCUGCCUUGAUACUUGACUGCUGGGCUUUUAAGACUCACCCCUCCUUCUUGCCCUUGUGUCUCACACCUGGACAAGCUGAUAAGGAAGUCUGAAUGCUCUCUCCUUGGGCAUUGGCGGGGGAUUCCAAUCACACAAGCCCCUUCCUGUGGGCAUGUGGGCACGCUCACCCUGGCCCUGCCCCCUAACCACAAUAAAGACCAGGCUGGUCUCCUUUCCUCCUUUCCUCCUCCUCUCUAGAGCCAUUUUGGACCUAUUGAGAGACCGGCUCUGCUCUCUCCAGAGACCUCAAUGACAUAACUCUGCCAACUCUGACCUGGGCCUUUUCCAAGAGGACAUAGUAGAGGAGAGAAUGGCAGCUGUACCUCUAACAGCCAGAUGGCAGAAGUCACUCAAGUUUAAGGAUGUGGCUGUGAAGUUCUCAAAGGAUGAGUGGAAGCAGCUGGUCCCUACUCAGAGGGCUCUUUACAGGGAGGUGAUGCUGGAGAAUUAUCAGGGUUUUGUUUCUUUGGGACUUCUAGUUCCUAAACCUGAUGUGAUUUUCCAGUUGAAAAGAGGUGAAGAGCCAUGGAAACUUGAUUUUCAGGAAGAUGAAGAAAGAGAAGCCCCAGGAAGUACUUAUUUAGACCAGAAUGCUAGACUUGAGAGCUGGGCCUCAACUAAAAGCCAGGAUAUUUCUAAAAAAGGAAAGUUGCAAAAGACACUAAUGGAAAAACUCAGAAAAGAUGGUCCUCUGGGUCCUGCACUUGGCUCAGAAAACCUCAGGGGCACAAAGAAAGAACAUCUAUCGGGGGAGAUUUUGAAGAAAUCCUCCCCCAAGGAGAAGGACUCCAGGCAAAGAUCCACUCCUGCCAAGAAAACCAACAGUAAGGGGAGAAACUUUGAAUGCAGCAUAUGUGGGAAGACCUUAUAUAACCACUUAUCCCUCACUCGCCAUCAAAGGACUCACACCGGAGAGAAGCCCUACAACUGUAAAGAAUGCGGGAAAGCCUUCAGCUAUAGAAGUAGUCUUAAGAAACAUCUGAUGUCUCACACUGGGAAGAGCCCCUUUGAAUGCAACGAAUGUGGGAAAACUUUCUAUGACCGAUUAACCCUUACUGAACACCAGCGAACUCAUACCGGAGAGAAGCCCUUUAAAUGUGACGAAUGUGGCAAGGCUUUCUUUGUCCGCUCAUCUUUUACUCGCCAUCGGAGAAUUCAUACUGGAGAAAGUCCUUAUGAGUGCACAGAAUGUGGGAAAUCCUUUAGCCAGAAGAGCAUCCUCGCUCGCCACGAGCUCACUCACACUGGAGAGCGGCCUUAUGAAUGCAAGGGCUGUGGCAAAGCCCUGUUUGACCGCUCCUCCCUCAUUCGCCACCGGAGAGCACACACUGGAGAGACCCCUUUUGAAUGUAAUGAGUGUGGGAAAGUUUUCUUUGACCGCUCGUCCCUUAAUCAGCAUCAGAAAAUUCAUAGCGGAGACAAGCCCUAUGAGUGCACUGAAUGUGGGAAAGCCUUCCUUCAGAAAAGACGACUUACUCAGCAUCAGAGAGUGCACACUGGAGAAAAGCCCUACGAGUGCAGCGUGUGCGGGAAGGUGUUCAGUUGUAAGUCAUCUAUCAUCCAACAUCAGCGACGUUAUGCCAGGCAGCCGUCAGAAUGUCACAGAGGUGCUCCAGCCCGGCAGGGGGCCCCCACAGAGACUUAAGAUGCUUUUAUGCAAGAUAAUGAAGAUUUGUGUUUGAGCGCCUUCUAACUACCGCAUAUUCUCAUGUCUCCAUUUGGUACUAGAGGCUCAAUAAAUAGUCUUAAUGGACCGUGCCAUAGACUUCCACUGGGAUGCCUCAUACUUAAUAUAAUACCCCGAGGAUCCCCAAAUUGGUCAGAAGCUCUCCAAUCAAUAUGUUUUGUAAGUGUUUGAAGGGGACCCAGAGAUAAGCAUUGUAUGUUUGUAUUUAUUUAUUUCUUUACUUAUUUAUUUAUUUAUGUAUAAUUAAUUAAUUUUUUUAAUUUCUAGACCACUCCAUAAGAACAGGAACUGUUUCAUACCUGUGAGCUGCUGUGUCCUCAGUGUGAUGCCUGCCACUUAUUAUAUAUUUUCUCAAUGAAUGAAUACCUGUCUAGUCAUGA